UACCUCACUGUGCGCGAGUCCGCAUGAAGCUGUUGCAUCGGGAGCACAGAGGGAGGGAAAGCGGGCAGCUGACGGUCUCUCUACAUAAGCAAAUUGGCAAUAAAUUAUUCUCUCUGCUGGGAGGGUGGAGGGAGAAUAAUCGAGAGAGAGAGAGAGAGAGAGAGAGAGAGAGAGAGAGAAUCCGGGAAAGAAGAAAAUACAAAGGAAACGUGAAUUGGACUGGCAAAGCCAGCCCGCAAAAGGGUUGCAUGCCAUAUCUCUCGAUGGCUGUCACGAUUUCGUCUCCUAUCAGCUAGAAGCACCCAACCACAAUACUGAAUCGCUUCUCACAUCUGUGCGCAUCAAAACGGAUUAAAUCACCACCUAGCGCCUGUGUCCGGAUAUAGGGGAUCAGCACUCUGGACAACGACCAGCGAUUCGAGCUGAAGGGGGAUGAUGUGAAUUUUGCCCGAGAACAUACUAUUGAGCGAGGGAAGCUGCUGUUAGAUGCCCGAAUAGUUUGCGUCCAGCAUCCACCGGACCUACAGUACCACUCUGUUCCAGCGGACAUCUUGUACUCUACGCCACUUCUCCAGCUGGCCACGCCCACGCCGACACUUCCUCUGCUGUCUCUGUGGAUCGCACAGGCCAUUAAGUCCUCAGAUGACCCUGCUUUUCCUGGGUCAGGGAAACUCACGGUUCUGAGGUUUGGUCCAUGAUGAUUCUGUUGUAUGGGAUUAGCUGACACAGAUAGACUGGCCUGUUGUCGAAAGCCCCUAACGUGUGUCUUGGAUUGCUCAGCAAAAAAGGAAAAAAGCUUUGUUAGAGCAAUUGCAACCAUUCAGAAAGCCAGCCGAAGUCAUGGUGUUUCAGAAGGACUUAGUCCCAGUCUGUAAGAGUGGCAGUAGAUUUUACAGCUAAUGGUGUUCUGUGGAGGUUAACUUCAGAGGUGUGAUGUUCCUUUUCAUACACCUUGUGAGAGAGCACAGCCUAAGGCAAGAGAUACUGCUAACACUGACUUUGCUUCCCCCAAUUCCAUACUCGUCUCAUUGUUUGAGGUUUUUGCACAAACCCAUACAUGCACUUUGCUGAGUUCCUUUCGCUUCUGGUGCGAUGCUGGAAAACUAUGUAAAAUAAGUCUGGCUCUCUUGUUUGUAAAAAAAAAAAAGAAAGAAAGGGCAUUAUUGGGGAGACAUUACAACGGAAAGACAGUUAUAAAAAUCAGGGCCCCCGUUACCAUGGUGCUACCGCCCCCGGACAAGCGGCACGUGUGCCUCACCACUAUGGUCAUCAUGACCAGCAUGGCCUUCAUGGACGCCUACCUGGUGGAGCAGAACCAGGGCCCUCGCAAGAUAGGGGUGUGCAUCAUCGUGCUGGUGGGGGACAUCUGCUUCCUCAUCGUGCUGCGCUACGUGGCCGUGUGGGUGGGCGCCGAGGUCAAGACCGCCAAGCGCGGCUACGCCAUGAUCCUCUGGUUCCUCUACAUCUUCGUGCUGGAGAUCAAGCUCUACUUCAUCUUCCAGAACUACAAGGCGGACAAAAAGAACCUGGAGACGGUGGCGCGGAAGGCACUGACGCUCCUGUUGGCCGUCUGCGUGCCGGGCCUCUACCUCAUCCUGGUGGCCCUGGACAGCAUGGAGUACGUCAGAACCUUCCGGAAGAAGGAAGACAUGCGGGGAAGGCUCUUCUGGGUGGCCCUGGACCUCUUGGACAUCCUAGACAUCCAGGCCAACCUGUGGGAGCCCCAGCGGACGGGGCUUCCCAUCUGGGCCGAGGGGCUGAUGUUCUUCUACUGCUACAUCCUCCUUCUGAUCCUGCCCUGCGUGUCGCUCAGCGAGAUCAGCAUGCACGGCGAACACGUCUCGCCGCAGAAGAUGAUGCUCUACCCGGUCCUCAGCCUGGUCACCAUCAACGUGGUCACCAUCCUCAUCCGCAUGGUCAACAUGGUGCUGUUCCAGGACAGCCGGGUCUCCACUAUUUUCGUCGGGAAGAACGUCGUGGCCAUCGCCACCAAGGCCUGCACCUUCCUGGAGUACCAGCGGCAGGUGAAGGAGUUCCCCCAGAACGCCAUCGCCAUGGAGCUCCAACAGAACUCUGUGACCCACAACCAGACCCUGCCCAGCACCACCAGCCUACCACACGAACAGUCCCCAGUGAGGGAGGUCAUCGAUACAUGACGAAAGCCCGUCUAUUUAGGUGGCCCCCAAGUAUCAUACCACU